GAUCUGGGUCGAGAAAUGAGUCCAUGGCUUUGGUGCAACAGCUACUGAGACUGACGCAGGCUAGCGGAGGCAGGGGGACUGGCACGGAGCAGAACAAGCCUCUCAGCAGACAAUUGGAACAGGAAGCAAGGAAGGAAAGGGUCUUUCAGAAAGGAAGGAAGACUGGCAAACGCGUUGGGAUUGUGACAAGACAGCCACACAGUAGCUCCAGAGACCACCCAUUAAGAGGACAGGGGAUUUCACUUGUUCCUGUUUUUAAAUACUGUAGUUUUCAUUGCUUAUCAUUAUUUUUCACAUGCCCCGCAGCCACAGACGAUAAGGACACAAUAAGAAGAUCCACCGAAGAUCAGAAGAUGAACAACAGCCUGUCCAACACUUCUAUCAAGUGUGUCCGGGAUACCAGUGUGACAGCUGUGGUGUUUCCCUUCCUAUACAGCAUCCUCUUUAUAGUCGCCCUCAUACUGAAUUCCCUGGCUGCAUGGAUCUUCUUCAGCAUCCCCAGCACCUCAACAUUUCUGGUCUUUCUAAAAAAUGUGGUGGUGGCUGACUUGCUGAUGACCCUGACCAUCCCUCUGAGAGUCUUAAGCGAUGCAGGCGUGGGCUCCUGGCGACUACGCGCCUUCCACUGCCGAUACUCCGCGGUCCUGUUCUACAUCACCAUGUACAUCAGCAUCCUCUUGCUGGGCCUCAUCAGCCUGGACCGCUACCUGAAGAUAGUCAGGCCCUUUGGGAAGUGCGCCCUGCAGCGGGUUCGCGUCGGUCAGAUGCUGAGCGCAGCUGUCUGGGCGGUCAUGUUAUCUUUGGCAUUGCCAAACGUGAUUCUAAGUGACCAGCCACCACGGGUCUCUGGAGGCAGACUGAAGUGUACCUCUAUGAAGAGCAGCGCCGGCCUGCUUUGGCAUGAAGGAUUCAACUACUUCUGUCAGGUGGUUUUCUGGGGGACGCUGGCCCUGAUGGUGGUUUGCUACACGUUCAUCAGCAAGAAGGUUUAUGAGUCAUACAAAGCCUCAAAGAGCAAAUCUCAAUCCAGUCGCAGAACCAAGGCAAAGGUAUUCGUGGUGGUGGGGGUGUUCUUCAUCUGCUUUGCCCCCUUCCACUUCGCCCGCGUUCCCUACACUCUGACCCAAACCCGCAGCAUGGCGAGCCACUGCCAGGCACAGAACGCCCUCUACAUCGCAAAGGAAACCACCCUCUGGCUGUCGGCCACUAAUGUGUGUCUGGACCCGCUUAUCUACGUGUUCCUGUGUAAGGUGUUCAGGAGAAGGCUGACAGCUGCAAUCUGCCGAAAGUCACUCCACAAAAGCGCCACAGAGUCUACCACGGCGACGUCAACUCAACUGGAGAUGUCAAAGGUCGCCCAAAGUAACAGACUGUCAUAUAACGGGGUGGCACAGUAACUCGCUGGACAAUAUACAAUGGGAAAUGAAUAGCUGUAACUGUCAAGGCAUGAUGAGGUACUGCCUGAAAGGGUGUUUUACUUGUAAAUAGCAUUUUAUCUUGUUGGCAUCGAAAAGGUGUAUAAAUGCCGCGAUUAUAUACGCAAGACGUUUAGCGUGCAAUAAGUACGCCUUUCUUGAUUUACGCAUGUCAUUUUGUAUGCCAUGUAUCCUGUACUGACUGCAAUGUCAACGCCAGUUAGUGACGUAGUAUAAAAAGCGAGAAAGACCACAUUAUGGCGGGCAGGUGGGGGAGUGGAUGGGUCCAACAAACACACGACUUUUAACCAGGAGGCCUGUGUACGAGACUGUUGGUGUUUUUGUUUUGUAAGUUAUGUUCAUGAAACGUCACAUGACGAUUGUCACAUUUUUUUAAUU